GAUGGUGAGAGAGAAGUGUCGAGCGUGUAACGAAUAAAUUAUUGUAAGCAGUGCGCGCGAGGAAAAGGAAGGAAGUAAAGGCGAGCAUGGCCACGAGAACGCAACCGACACUCGGACCAGCUGGCAGAGAGAAGUCGGUGAACGUGCAGGAAAACUUCAUCCUUGUGUAUUUUCGGCGAUAACGGGCGCGAUAUCUCGACUAAUCUCGGUUAAAGGUUGGGACGACAGAACGGGCGGUCGCGUCCCCUCAUUGGCGUAAUCGAGAGGGAAACGAAGCGAGCAAUGCGCGAGGAAGCCAUUGCAUUUGGCGCGCAUUUCGAAUUGGCGCAUCCCUACUUUUAAAGGUUAUGGAGAUACUUAGACACGAGUGAUAUUUUUGCAUUUGCAAAAGAAUUGCAUUAUUCGCAAACGAAUUGUUCGAAUUUCGAGUUCCUCAAUAAGCUUUGCUCUUACGACCGUGUCUCCUCACCUGAGUGUCCCAAGUCUUAUCGAAGGAAUCCCGCGUGUGUGCUCUGCAAUGACGACACCCUCUUCUCUUGACUCGAGCUUCCCUCUUCUCCCGCUGUUUUCAACGAUAACACGACGCAUGCUCAUUCCCUCUUUCUUUCUCUUUCCUAUGUACGCACUAUAUAUAUAUAUAUAUAUAUACAUAUGUAUAUACUUGUUCACCGUAGCUUUAGAUGUAAACCUAUACCUUUCCGAGCAAGAAAAAAGGGGGGUAAAGAGUAAUAAAUUCCCAACUUCUUUCCUCUCUUUUUCCCGUUCAUUUUUUCUCAUCGUGAGAGACCAUUUUAAAAAAGAAGAGAAGAGAAAAAGAAAAAAGAGCGACUCUCUAAAAUGAUUCCCUAUUUGUAUUCGUUUUCCAAUGAAGGUGUGUAAAAUGGGGGAUCGUGCGAGACCAAGAUGGCAGCGAAAGGGAGGCGAAAACGAUCGAUAAGUUGACAGGAGGAUGAAGAGGCGAUCAGGUUUGCCUGGCGUUCGUCUAAUCGCGUAUUCGGUCAAUAUUUAAUGCGUUCGCGUUCGCGUCGCGCGUGCUUUCCCUCUCUCCCUUAAACUCGAAUCGAAAAGCUUCGGUACGACGCUACCAGGCGGCAGCCGGCCCGAAUCCCGUCGACACACCUUGGCAGCGCACCUGUGUCAAGCCGCGCGCCGCGCUCUCUCGCCACCUUCGCUCUCGAAUCGUAACCGCGUCUGCGAGUCGAUUGUCGACCGUCGACGCGACACAAAUCGCAUUCACGUUCCUCGAUAUCGCGGCCAAAAAAACUUGAAUCCUACGGAAAUCAUCACGUUCGAUGCGAAACGGUUCACCUCGUUCUCCUGCCACGAUCGCAAUGAAGGAGACGUUGACGAAGCAAGAGAUCAAACGCGAAUGGGAGGAAAACAGCGUGGACGAAGGUUCGCCCAGGAUGGCCAUGGUUGGGACAAAUCCAGAUGAACAAUCCGUCGAGAGUCCCCGGACGGUGAUCACAGCGAGAAGGCACGUGCGCACCAUCACCACGGCUGGUCAUAUAACCGAGACAGUGGUUGAUCCGGAACCAGACUCACCCGAUAAUCUCCAAUCGCAGCAGCAACAGCAGCAUCAUCGAUCGAUGGAUGAACAAGGACAGCAAACUCGAUCGCGCACUUUUCAAGAAGAACAACAGCAAGAUCAAGCAUGCAAACAAAAUUCGCAGAGCUAUGUGCAAAUUUCUCACACCGAGGCGGAAAUUCAACAACAGGAUCGUUCUCGAGAGCAACGUAUAGUUUAUUUGACGAACAACGAACACGGAGUGCGAGUCAUAGCAGAUCCGUCUAUAUUGACGAUGAAAGACACUGUUAGGUAUGAGACGUCAGAAUCCGAUGGGACAGAUGCGGAUCGCAUGUACGCUUAUCCGGCGGAUAGCCAACAAUUGCAAAGAGAGAACCAUGGGAUCGCUGUUCAAGCGCAGGAAAGGCGAGUUGUCCAAUCGGCCAAUCAUCAAAGAUAUAGUCCACGAGAAACUAACCAAUCCAGUGACGGAAAUGGAUCAACCGGUAGAUCCUAUCAUCAAGGCUCACCAGUCCUAGUUCCAACUAGCGAGGAGUACGAGGGUGGCGCCCCCAUAGUUUCUCAUGCGACAACCGUUACCGUACGACUCGAUUCUCCUACAGCGCCCUCUUAUUCUCCGCCAAUGAAUGACAUCGGUAUUCGAGCGAGUGCUGGACUUCAACAAUCAACUGCUCAGCAUCAUCAUCAACUUGUCGCAGGAUAUGUGAACGCUGGAGGAGUAAAUAUCAAAUACGAAACACCGGAAACGUCAAACACUGCAGUAGUAGCUGCUACUGCUGCGAUUCCAGUCGACAACAUCAAAAUAUCGAACACGUACACUACUCUCGAAACGGUACCGAUUCCUCCCACGCAGGCUGUUCAAUAUCCUCAGUAUAUAUCCGGUAGUGAGACGUUUCAACAAGCUCCAACUUAUACUUAUACAAAACCAGGGGAACAAGUGAUUCUGACGUAUCCGUCACCAGUUCAGUUGCCCUCGCGCGUUCCUGGGGUAGAAUCAGGGAGCACAUAUAUGAAAGGUGACCCAACCUUAGCAUCUUCGUUGGGAAGUACGCGUGGAGUAGCAUCUCUGCAUUACGAACAACCAGGAUCUCCAGGAUCUCAAAUGACAUACGGAAGCGGGACUAGUACGUAUCCAUAUGCCAAAGCGACUCCUUCAGCCGAUUAUUGGUCGACCGCAGGAACUCCGUCUCCACCUACAUUCGAUUGCGUCCAGGGAUACCAAACGGCAAUUUCGGUUGGCGAUACUAAUAUACUCUAUUCUGGCGGUGUAUACAGUGUGUCAACUGGAAACACUACGUCUUCAUGGUCUAACAAUCUAUCGCUAUCCAAUACCGAAGAAAAUUUCGAAGGACCGAUAAUGACUGUGGAUCCUAAAGAGUGUUCUAAUUGCACAAUUUUGACUACUAUAUUAAGGAGGGACGAAGCUGGAANUUACUUGUGUCAAAAUUGUGCCUAUACAACAAACAAGAUAAACGGUAUAAAUAGAUCAUCCAUUAAAUGCGGCAAACCGAAGCAAGCUGUCACUACGGCGGGUAUACGAAGAACCGGUGUUCAAUGCGCGAAUUGUAGGACGAGCAAUACGACCCUGUGGCGACGAAAUAACAAUGGCGAGCCAGUGUGUAAUGCAUGCGGUCUCUACUAUAAACUACACAACGUGAACAGGCCGCUCAGCAUGAAGAAAGAGGGAAUACAGACAAGAAAAAGAAAACCAAAAAAUAAUUCGGGAAUAAGUGGAAAUUUGGCAGGACCAAGUGGCAUGCACAAGACCGAGAUUAAGUCUGAUUUACUCGUGAAUUCGAUGCAGUUGAACGUGUAUAGGAGUGGUGGUAGUGGUAAUGGGGGCGGGAUAGGGACCAAUGCAGAGAUGAGACAAGAGACCGAGAGCGAGACAGCUACUAGUACAGAUACGAAUGCAGGGAACCGGGGCGAGAAUGAGACAGCAAACGGUAACGCGUUGGGAGGGAACGAAGGAUCAGACGAGCGUCCACUCGUAGGUACACCGAAUACGGGAGAAUCGGGUCAUGCGCACUCGCCUCUCGCUUUACCCACUACCGCCGCGCUCAAUCGACAAACUACCCUUAUCGUGCCACCGCUAGAGCCAAUCGUUAGUCAAGCUAAUAACGAUAUUUUCACGGUUAUAACUACUACCACGGCUAUCAAUGUCGAGAGAACGUAACGAGGACAAAGAAAGAAAAUAUGGCGGUAAAAAAAUAUUUUCGAGUGUACCGAUGUUAAAAUUAGCGCCAACAAUGGAAUGCGAGCGUCAUUUUUGCUCGAAUGGUAACUAAAAAACAUUCUGCAAAUCGACUGACAUUUUUACCGACAAAAAUUUCUUAGCUAAUUACGAACGUCGACAAUUCACCGCUCAACCUGGAUAUCUUCUCGUCACAUCGAGAGGGAAUCAAUGUUAUUCCGACAAUCUCGAAUUAUCUAAACGAGAAAUGGUAUCAACUAGCUACUGCUAUUAUUGUUACUGUUCCUGCUCCUAUCUUCCUCUUUCUCUGUCCAUGAUUUCUUUUUAUUUAUUUGUAUUAUUUUUAAAAUAAUUACUAAAAUCGAAUUGGUUGCAAUUUACGUCAAUUAGAUUUGAUUUCCAACGCCUAAGGUAAGCGCUAUUUUAUCGAUUCCGUUUUAUCGACUGCAAACGAUUAUACCGACGGACAUAGUGUUGCAAUUCUAUCGUACAAUGUCGCCCUCUAUAAGA